UUUCCCCCUCCCAUAAAAUAUACAAAGCACUUGAGAUACAGAGAAAAACAAACAGUAUUUUUGAAUUUUCUGCAUAGUUUAGUAGCAGAAGUGUUGGUGUUCCUUCCUUACAAUUAUUAUUUACUAAAAUCCAUUUUUAAUAAUAAUUUCUGUUUCCCCUUGUUUUCUGUUUUUCUUUUUGAUGUAUCUAUGGCUGGUUUGGAUUUAGGCUACGUUCACCAGCUCAACAGGCAAGAUCACUUGCACCAGCUCCAGAGACCCCUGCAACAUCAACAACUAUCCCAUCAUGAUAACGAAGACGACAUCAACCAGGGUCAGUACUCCAGCGAAGACCAGGGUCUCGACCUCAGCGGCGGUGUCAAUCCUGGCCCCGGAGACAUCGUGGGACGCAGGUCCCGCGGGCGCCCUCCUGGAUCCAAAAACAGGCCAAAACCGCCGGUCAUCAUAACAAGAGAAAGUGCAAACACUCUCCGAGCUCAUAUUCUCGAGGUCGGCAACGGCUGUGACGUCUUCGACUGCGUUGCCACGUACGCACGGCGACGCCAGCGUGGGAUCUGUAUACUCAGCGGCAGCGGCACCGUCACCAAUGUCAGCUUGCGGCAGCCAGCUGCUGCAGGAGCUGUGGUUACCCUCCACGGAAGGUUUGAGAUACUUUCCCUUUCUGGAUCCUUUCUGCCUCCACCGGCCCCGCCUGGCGCGACAAGUUUGACUAUAUUCUUGGCCGGCGGGCAGGGUCAGGUGGUCGGAGGCAGCGUCGUGGGGGAGUUGACCGCGGCAGGACCAGUCAUAGUGAUUGCCUCCUCCUUUACUAACGUUGCUUACGAGAGGUUGCCCUUGGAGGAGGACGAGCAGCUGCAGAUUCAGCCCCAGGCCGGAUCUCAGGGCUCCGGAGGAAGCGGUGGAGGUCGCGGCAGCGGCGGUGUGGGGAAUAACCCUUUUCCGGACCCAUCUUCGGGGCUCCCGUUCUUCAAUCUGCCGCUGAAUAUGCAAAAUGUUCAGCUACCGAUUGACGGGUGGGCUGGAAACAACAACUCUCCAGGAAGUCGUCCGCCAUUUUAGAUCAUCAAUAUUGACUUCUUUACUGUGGUUGAUUUAAUUGCCUUAACGGAUGUGAUGAGCUUCGUUGGAGACAAAACAAGGUCAGCAAACUUCAUGGACUUCUACUCCUAGGUAUCGUCAUCAUCUUCUUCUUCAUUUACAUCUUCAUCAAAAUGGCUAUGUUUUAGCAUCUAUGGCUAUCUAGUAAGAACUGUGUUGAUCAAUGUUGUAGUUGUUUCUUCUCCUAUUUUUCUUCUUUUGUUGUUUUCUUCUUGUUGAUGAUGGUGGAAACAGUGGAACUACUGCUACUCUUCUUACUUUUUCUUUAUAAGGAAUGGUUUGAGGAUUCAGCUUUAACGAGCUUUGCAA